AUGUUUCUAUCAUCUGGUAUCAGAGCCAGAAUAAACCCAUCCAAGUUCUUCGAUUCAGAGUGGAUUCAUCUAAGCCAACGGUUGCAGCAGUCUCUUGACCGCUACGAACCGAAAGUGCGGGAGAGGGCGGCGACCGAGGGCGAGAUGGUGGCGAUGGCGGUGAGUACCGCCAAGGGCGAGGCAGGGCGGAGGCAGUUGGCGGGGCUGAGCGAGGCCGCCGCGGUGACGGCGCCAGACGACAAGGCGGAUAACGAGGCGGCGACCCUGGGCGCGGCGAUGGCAGAGGCGGCGACGUCCGCCGUGGACGAAGAAGAACAGGUGGACGAGAGGGUACACAUCACCACUGCCUUGUCCACAUAA